GCAACCAUAAGGGUUAUUCCAGACGACCUCCAGAGAGAUAGAUAGCUUAAGCGUUUGCCCCUCUGCUGCGGCAUCACCAAAAGUGAUGGAGCUGUUUACACCGGAGAUGAGGAAUUGGUGGAAAGACUGGGAGCUACGGUUAAUCGUACUUUUCAGCGCAUUCCUACAAGUAAUUCUUGUCACCCAAGCCAGCCGAAGGAAGUCCUUAGGUCACUGGUUUCUCAAAGCAGUAGUCUGGGCGACAUACUUAACCGCUGACUGGGCUGCGGUCCUUGCCCUCGGCAUUCUCUCAAACCGCCUAUUGGAUAUCAAGGAGAAGACGGGGAACAUCAGCCCAGACGUCCAGCUCACUGCCUUCUGGGCCCCGUUCCUCCUGCUCCACUUGGGUGGAAUCGAUACGAUCACUGCCUAUUCUUUAGAAGACAACGAACUUUGGCCCCGAUACUUUGCAACCCUGGUUGCGAAGACCGGGCUGACAUGCUACAUCUACUUCCUGGCCUUGACAGGCUCCCCUCUCGCAGUCCUGGCUGCAAUCAUGAUAGCGGUUGGAUUCACUAAUUACGGGGAGCGGACCCUGUCCCUGUACUUAGCAAGCAAGAAUCGACUACGAGACUCCAUGCUCUCUCCCUUAGAAUCGGGUCCCAUAUACCCCAGGAUAGUGGAGAAAUAUAGCCUGAAGAAAGAUGAGGGGUACCACGUGACGGUUGAUCGGGUUGUCGAGAUUAUCCGGCAGGAAGAUCUCGCUGUCAAGAGAGAUCCAGAGAGCCUGCCACUCCUAGCAUACAACUUGUUCCAGAUUUUCGAGCUCCUCUUUGUCGAUUUAAUCCUGAACAUACAAGUUCUUGGCAACUGCAAAUCCUUGUUCAUGGAAAUGUACUCUGAGGAUGCUUUCGAGCUCGUCGCCAUUGAGCUCAGUUUCAUGUAUGGUCGACUUUACACAAAGGCGAAAAUUCUCUACAACAUUUGGGGCAUUGUUCGUCGAGUUGUUACUCUAUCUUUGACCUGUGCUGUACUUGUCUUCUUCUCCGUGGCGGAGUGGAAGAAGUACAUCAGAGUCGACAUCUGCAUAACUUUCUCACUUCUUGGAGUGGCUAUUCUAUCAGAGAUUUUCAUGACCUUGUUAAUGAUUUCAUCAGAUGAUACAACUACUUGGUUGCUUAAGAACCAAAAUAGUUGUAAAGGUCGGGCUAUUCGUUUCUUUCGCAUUCCGCUGUGUAGACAGCCCAGGUGGUCAGGAAAAGUGGCACAGUUUAGCCUUCUGGACUUCUCUCGCAGGAGAAAAUCAUUGUUCCGUGUCAUUAAGCUCAAGAAAGUUGGAGAGACGGUGGAGAAGCAUUUCUGCAUAAACUAUAAGAUCUUUGGGAAUAACAUGAAAGAAUGGAUUUGCACCUAUCUCAAGAAUAAAAUAACACACGAUCAAAAUAUUAGUGCAAUGCCAGUGCCAUUCGAUGUAGGUAUGAUCCUCAAAAAGAGCAGCCGACAUGAGAUGAUGUGGACUACAGGCGAUGGGUUCGACCAGACCAUCCUCAUCUGGCACAUUGCAACCGAGGUCUUCUACUUCUCUGACCGAGCUAAAAAGGACAAGCAUCAGGUCAACCUUGUGACAAACUACAAGAUGAGCAAGAAGGUCUCUAGGUACUUGCUUUAUCUCCUCGUCAUGUACCCUUCCAUGUUGCCUGCUGGGAUAGGCUUGCUUCGAUAUGCUGAUACCUCACUUGAGGCUGAGCAAUACUUCGAGGAGCAAAGGUCGAAAAUGGGACAGAAGGAUCCAAAUUGGGCUCAUCAGAUUGCCAAUCAAUUAGGAAUGAAGUGGAGGAGCAGGGUCCUGGAGUGCCCUGUGUGCAAGCGGUCACAUAAAUCCCCAACGUCAAAUGAUGUCUGCCAGGCUGCUAACUGGUUGUUGGGAGUGGAGACCACAAUCCCGCCGAGCGCGAUCAAAGGUGGGAAGAGCCAGUCAGUGCUGUUUGAUGCCUGUCUCCUCGUGUCGGAGUUGAAAGAAUUGGAGAAGACCGCAAGGUGGAAGUUAAUUAACAAGGUUUGGGCAGAGGCACUUCUGUAUGCAGCCUACAGCUGCGAAGCCUAUGAACACUCAAAGAGGCUGAGCGAAGGAGGGGAGCUUUUGAGCCAUGUCUGGCUUCUCCUGGCACAUUUUGGCAUUUCCAAGCAGCUCAAUACCUCCGAAGGCCAUGCCAUUGCCAAGCUCCUCAAGAAAUAAGAAAAGCCUCACAACUAAUCCACAACCCAGCUUGUAUAUGAUGAUUUCAUUCCUAUCCAUCUCUUCAUAUUAUUCCCCAAUAGCAAUAAUACACAUGUUUGUACUUUCAAGUUAUACAAUAUGAUACAACCA